AUGCACUGGCCUCGAAGAAAAAAACCAAAGGCGCCUGAGCCACAAGCUGGACAGACUUUGCCGAAUCCAACAGCAAAUGUGAAGUCUCCGCAAACAGACAACGAGUCAACCCCGCCGCCGCCUGCGCCGGCAACCGAUUCUCAGUCGACUCCUUCUCAGUCGACUCCUUCUCAAGCAGCAAAGCCAGACCUACCUGAGGUGGGAAGGGAAUCGACGGCACCUACCAAUGGACCAGUCUUAGAGUCUCCAUUUGGCAGUCCCCCUCCCUUGGGAUUUGAUGCGAGCGAAAAUGACGAAAUCACUGCAAUCUGGGCGGAAGUGCAAGCGAGAGCAGCGCUUUUGGCUAGAAGGGAGAACAAGGAGAUCAACAACGGGUUGGAUAUUGAUGAUGUGAUCGCAAAUCUUGACGCUUCUCAGGAGAAGGAAGAGGAAUCACCAGCUGCGCAGGCGGUGAAAGUCGCUUUUGGGCGUACAAUGGGCUUGAUCAAGACGGUCGGAGGUAUUUUCGCUGACGGGGCAUCUUCGGUCUUCGCACCGGCUGGACAAUGCUACAAUGUGAUCAGUUUCCUCAUCAAUGCAUGCGAUGGUUACCAGGGUGCCUUUGACGGCCUCGCUGAACUGCUCGAAAAAUGCUCGGAUCACCUAGGCCGUCUCGACUACUACGUCAAAGGAGGCAUGGACAAGAGACUGAGCAGACUAGCUGCGCAACGGCUUUUGCUGUUUGUUCAGAUCUGCGACGAAGCACUAAAACUACGAUAUUCGGCCACCGAGAAGAUCAAAACUGGACUGAAAAUCGCCUUCCUUGCAGAAAACUCCAUCCAGGGUCUGUUAGGUGAGAUGGAAAAGUUGAGCGAAAAAGAGCGUGGAUUGGUUGUUGCGCAGACCUUCGCACUCACUUCCGCGACAGCUACCACUUCUGCUGAAGGGGCUGCCUCCAGUAAGCAAGUCUACGAUCAUCUGGUUCAGAAUGGAGAGCAGUCGAAGGCAAGGAAUAAAAAUGUGAACAAGAAGCGCGCUCUGAUAGACGUUCUAGCGUUUGACGAGGACUCUGAGCAAUGGAACAGUUCCAAGAAAGCGCCCGUGGAGAGUUGGCAGACAACAUACAAUGAAAUCCGCAAAGAUGUUGUAUCCGGCACAGGCAAAUGGCUCUUCUCUCAUCCCGCUUUCCAGACAUGGAUAUCCGACUAUUCUUCCUCCCCGAUCCUAGCAGUUGAGGGAACAGACAUCACGGGCAAGAAAAAGGCCGGCCAUGGGUUUGACGACGCGGCUAAAUCCCUCAUCUGGCAACUCGCAAAUAAAGAUGAGCCGUAUAUGAAAUCUGCCGCUCGUAUCGGUCAGAAAGUCGGGGCACUGGACCCAGAAGACGUUAUUCCUCGUCUCCUUUUAGAGAAUACAAAAGUCGAGCAGAUGGACGCUGUCAUGUAUCUUGUUAUUGAUGGCGUGGGCGAAAAUUCAGACGUCUCGCUACUCAAAUUCCUGUUGCAGCUGGUUCAAACCAAGAACAAAAGGAUUCGAGUCUUCCUGACUGGUACGCCAAGGGACUUGGAGCAGAUGAAGAAGAAUGGCGUCAACUGUCCUAGCAUCCCAAUCAGUCUUCAUAACCAGGGUGAUGUCGAAAAGUUUAUUCAGGCCAGAAUGGACAAAAUGGAUGGCUUAGCAGACACAGAUCGGCUAGGUAUACCGGAGCAAAGAGAACACAUUUGCAAUGGACUUUUACAGGCGGCCUCGGGAGAUUACCACAAAAUCGAUCUGGCCCUGCAUCAUAUCAACACGUUGGACUACAUGGAGGACAUCAAUCGAGUCAUCCAAGGUGCUCGCGAUGGCCGCGCACAGCAACUUCACAACGAGAUUGAAAUGUUGAAUCGUGAACGUUCUCCAAGGCAGAUUCAAGAGAUGAACGACAUCAUUCGCUGGAUCACAUUUGCUGCUGAUACUGUCUCGGCGAAGCUGGUCUCUUCCCUGCUGUAUUCGAUCAAUGGCGAGGUUCCAUUGAAAUCACUCGCCGACCAGAUUCGGACCAAAUACCUGUUGUUCGAUUUGAAUGCCAAGGAUCACGUUGAAUUCAGGUCACCGAAAGCGCUGGAAGUCAUCCCACACCGAAGUGAGCUGGCAAAGUCUAAUGGAAAGGCCGGCCAAGAAAUCCACCCAGGGGAGAUCGACACAGUCUUACAUUUUCUCGACAAUAUCUGCCCGCCUCAGCUGUACCAAAAGCUUGGAUUGCGUGAAUAUCUCCAGACAAAGUCAACGCAAAGACAAGAGCAAAUCCAACAGGAGGAUGAGAGCAUGGGACAUCUAAAAAUGGCGCUGGAUUGCAUUCGUUCUUUCUCCUAUGGGCUCGUCGAGAUUGUUCGACCACUUCAAAUUUACGCCAGGACUCGUCUUACUUGGCAUUUGUCUAAAGUGGAUUUGGCCAUGGUAGAUCGAGACCAGAAGAGUCAGGUUGGGGAGUCAUUGGUCAGGCUAUUCACGACAAAUGAGAGCAUUGACCCUUUUCUGCUGCCAGAGGGUGUCUCUUCCAACUGGCUGCUAGGGAGUACCUUUAACAAGCAUCGCAACGAGGCACAAUCUUGGCUCAUUAGGCCGGAAAGAAUCGACGAAGUGUUGAGAUGGCUUCGAGAUACGGCAGUCGUGUCAAGAGUCAGUGAUAAGUCGGGUCGAUCUUGGAUUGAGAGCAUCGCUUCGGGAAAUGCGACCGAGGCAAUUUUUAAGCCGGGCGCUAUCAGACUGGUCGGUCGUUGUUCCAGAGAACCGAUGUCAGCAGAUGAUAUCACAGACAUAUAUGAUUAUGUGGAACUAUUUCUCCGUCAGUGGGCUUACGAGGUCCUCCAGCUUACCCAAAAAGACACGCUAUGGCAGACACAGAUGGGCAUACUUUACGCAAGGAAGAAGAUCACCAUUGAAGCUAUCGAGCGCUCUGAGCUGGCUUUGGAGAUGGAUCCUAACAACUGGAGAGCCUCCGUUUGCCGUGCAAGACUUGCUCCACCAAAAGAAGCCAUCGAAAUACUGCGGGCAGUAAUCAGUCGCCGAGAAAAGGACAUGGACAGGAUGCACGAUCCAGUCCACAUGCAACAUCUUGCCGACUUGAACUUCGAGCUGGCAGAGGAGUAUUGGAGAGAUGAGCAGUUCGAUCUUGCGGUUUCAACUUACACUGCGUCCCUGAAGCAAUCCCCUCGCCACGCUGACAGGUUCAUGAGAAUCUUCUGGAAUUAUCAUAGAAAAGAUCGAUCAGCCGAAAUUGUCUCCCUGGUCGUUGAGAUCUCCAAGAUUGAGAGCGGAAAGUACCUCGGUGAAUUGAUGAUGAGUCUAAAAGACAAGGAUCACCUCGGAUAUCUCAAUGAGUUCAUCAGCGAUUCUGCCGUUCAUACCAAAGAUUUCAGUGUUCUGGAGACAUUAUACGAGCCUGCAAUCCAAAAAAGAGAGAGAAUAGGCGAUCUGGAAAGGCUGGGUCACAUGCGCUAUCUAUAUGGAAGAAGUCUAUCCUUUGACCCCAACAGGCGCGAAGACAAAAUCAUUGAACUGUGGGAGAGCUCUCUGUCGAACUAA